AUGCCGAUGUCCCCAGCCAUCCUCUGCCUCAUCGCUUCGCUCCUGCCCGCCGCCUCCGGCUACCUCUGGGCCUGGAUGUACUCCUUGCCCCAGCACCUGCCCGAUGAAGCCGCGCUGGGAAGAAGCGCCAGCCCCGGGGACAACCUGGAGGAGGUGACGGCGUGCAGCCCGCUCACCCCCUGCACCCACGGGCACUUCUGCGACGAGCACUUUGGGCUGUGCCUGCCCACGCGCCCCGUGGGACAGUACUGCCGCCGGGACACCCACUGCACCCACGGCCUCCUCUGCAUGUUCGGCAAGUGCCAGCAGCCCGUGCCCGACGGGCAGGAAGGAGCCCGGUGCCAGCGGGACGAGGACUGCGGUGCUGGUGGCUGCUGCGCACGGCAGCACGGCGAGCAAGUGUGCCAGCGGCGGCUGGCGCUGGCCCAGAGUUGCCACGUCCCCCCCGGGGGUCUGGCCUUCAGCAUCAACCAGAUCUGCCCUUGCCAAGCCGGACUGGUCUGCCGGCCCACCGCACCCGGGCGAGAGAAAGCGUUCGAGUACUGGCCGGAGAAGAGCGAGUGGAGGUGCCGGCAGCCCUGA